UAAUGUUAUCCAUAAAACAAAGCCCUAAUUUAUUUUUCAGAAUGUCAUCGUACGGAAGCCCCAUUUGAUUUCAGAGAGCUUGAUUUUCUUCAAAGAUGAAGAAGGGAGGUCAAAAAUGGAUGAGAAGGCACACAAAUGAUCAUUUUGUGAAGAUGGCUAGAAUUCAAGCAUACCGAAGCAGAGCUAGUUACAAACUUUUAGAGAUUGAUAUGAGACACAACCUUCUCAAAUAUGGCAUGACUGCAAUUGAUAUCGGAGCAUCGCCUGGCGGUUGGUCACAAGUUCUUGCUGAAAAACUUAAUGAAACAGAGGAGGAUAAAAAUGUGGUGGCUUGAGAUCUCUUACCCAUGAAUUACCUCAAAGGUGUCACUUUUAUAAAAGGGGAUAUCACUAAAGACUCUAUUGUUGAGAAAAUUUCAGAAGCACUAGACUUUAACAAAGCUGACCUUGUUUGUAGCGAUGCUGUGCCAGAUUUUAUCGGAGAAAAAUACGUUGACCACAUUUCUGCCUGAGACUUGAACUAUAUGGUCCUUGGGAGUUUAAAGAAACUCCUAAAACCUGGUGGUCAAGCUUUAGUCAAAGUAAUGAGAGGGCCAACAAUAAAUGAAGUUGUUGAAGCUUACCUCAACAAAUUCCACAGUGUUGUCAAAGUGAAGCCAUCUGCUUCUCGUGCAGAAAGUAACGAAAUGUAUAUUCUAGCUAAUGGGUACGACAGAUCAAAGCAAGAAUUCGAGGUCAAGAAGAGGGAGAAUGAAAGAAAGAUCAAGAAAAUAAAGACUGUAAAAGACCUCGAAGAUUUUGAAAGAGAAAUCCAUGAUGAAGGAAAAGAGAUUGCAGAAAAUAUUCUAAAAGAUCUUAAAAACAAAGGUCAAGACAUUACUCCUGGGAUGAAGAAGGCUUUGAAAGAUCUUGGGAUUUCAGAAAAAGAGCUGAGGGUACCACCACUUACUAAGGCUAGUUUCUUAGAUAAAAAGAAGAAGCAAGAAAAGCAUGAAGAUGAGCUUAGGGAAAAUUUUGAGAAAAAAUAUGGUAUCAAAAGAAAAUAUAAGGACAUGACUGAGGAUGAAAUUUUAGAAGCCAAGGCAAAGAUAGAAGAUGAGUUGGAUCACAUGACUGAGGAAGAAAGAAGAAUUCUUGCCUACCAGAAAAUUGAAUAUGAAAAUGAGGGACAAUAUAGCUAUCCUGAUGAAGAAAAUCCAUAUGUUCAUCAAGAUGAAACCUUGAACCGCAUUAAUCAUCGUCUCAAAGAAUUGGAAGAUGAGGAUCUAGUCAAGACUGCAAAUAGUCCAGAUGAGAAAUUAGAUCGUUAUGUAUUAGAAAAUGAAGCAAUUAGAAUAACUGAGGAUAAGAAAGAAGAUAGAGAAGAAGUUCUCGAGAAUUAUAGACUGGAAAGAGAAGAAGACAGGAAAAUUGGGCAAGCCCAGAAGAAGAGAAAACAAAGUUAUUAUCAGAGAAAAGCAAAGAGAGAGUAUAAGUCACAGGGAUUUGGAGUUGAGAAUAAUAGGAUGUUUGAUGAUUAA